AUGUCUUCUCGGCCUCAGCGCCCGCCAAACCCGCGCGACAUCUUGGAUGAGGCCAUUGAACACAACUCUGUUGCUCAGCUAGCCGAGGCUCUACAGAUCGCGCAGUCACAUCCCCCGCGGAACUCCUCUUACGAGAAAUUUCUGGCCUCCACACUAUCCGCCUGUGUCGAAGACGGGAAACUUGAUCUGGUGAACUACCUGUUGCAGCAGGAGUCUGUACCUUUGACAUCGCUGUCCCCAACCAAAGUCUGGUCCAAUUUUUCCAUUCCCCUUGUGGAAUUGCUCAUCGCCCAUGGAUGGGACAUUAACCAGCAAGCGCCUCGCGGGCCCACCGACAGAUGCAGACGUCUCGUUGAUCUGGCCUGUCACGACCAGGACAUCAUCACUUGGCUUGUCGGCCACGGCGCUCGCGUUGACGGUGGGGAAUAUGAAUAUGAGAUAUUUCCUCAACCAGCUCCUCUACUAGAGACUUGUGCUCUUCAAGGAUCUGUCUCCACGUUCAAAUAUCUUCAGGAACGAGGUGCCCGUCUCAGCAGAAGAACUCUUCACCUUGCGGCCGGAGCAGCUGCAGCCCUUGGGGUAGACCCAAAGGUAGAAGACGAUGGCACUGUGGGUGCUACAGGACCAACAGGGAGCAAGGAAGCAGAACGCAAAAUAGCAAAGUUGGAGAUGCUUCGCUUCCUUAUUGAGGAAGUCAAGUUGGACGUGAACGCUAUGGAUACUGACAUACCGCACCACGCUCAUCACUUGGGUACUCCGAUAUGUUAUGCAGCGUCUAAGUCGAAUGGAGAGGCAGUGGUGAGGUGGUUACUGGAGAAGGGAGCAGACCCCAAUAUCAAGAACAUGGAGGGAGCUGACGCUGAGUACGUCGCCAAGGACCAUGGAUGCGAGAAGCCACUGGCUGUGCUGAAGGAGUGGAAGGCCACCAAAGGACAUUCAGAAUGA